AGUUGGAAACCUCUUUUUCUCCUUCUCCGCGUUUCGGCGAGCGAUGGAGAUUUGAAUAUUAUUAGGCCUUUGCCCUCUCCUUUUUAAGCCUCGCAUACCUCUUCCCUUCAUCUGCACCAAACCUCCUACUCCUCUUCCUCUGAGUUCAAGAGUUUCCAGAAAUCAUUCAUCAACAAUGACUGUGGAGAAGUUUACGUGGAUAUCAUUGGUUUCCGGCUGUUUCAAAUCACAGGAGAAAGCGUCUCCACCAUUGCCAAAACCCAAGAAAGAGAUCUGUAAACAAUCUUCAUGCCAGAGGAUUUCACUUACUGAUUUAAGCAACCCCAGUUCACUCUCCGAGGAUCUUUCCAUUUCUCUCGCUGGUUCAAAUAUUCAUGUCUUUACUCUCGCUGAGCUUAAGAUUAUCACACAGAGCUUCUCUUCAUGCAACUUUCUUGGUGAAGGAGGGUUCGGACCAGUGCACAAGGGAUUCAUUGAUGACAAACUCAGACCUGGCUUGGAGGCUCAGCCUGUCGCCGUCAAGCUUUUGGACCUCGAAGGCUUACAAGGUCAUAGGGAGUGGUUGACGGAAGUGAUCUUUCUUGGGCAGCUAAGGCAUCCGCAUCUAGUGAAACUAAUUGGCUAUUGUUGCGAAGAUGAUCAUAGGCUUCUAGUUUAUGAGUACAUGCCAAGAGGCAGCUUAGAGAAUCAGUUGUUUACAAGAUAUUCUGCAACACUUCCAUGGUCGAGCAGAAUGAAAAUCGCCCUUGGAGCUGCAAAGGGCCUGGCCUUUCUCCAUGAAUCUGAGAAACCUGUUAUAUAUAGAGAUUUCAAAGCCUCUAACAUCUUAUUAGACUCGGAUUAUACACCUAAACUUUCAGAUUUCGGGCUAGCCAAGGAUGGUCCUGAAGGAUCUGAUACGCAUGUUUCCACCAGAGUCAUGGGAACACAAGGCUAUGCUGCUCCUGAAUAUGUCAUGACAGGUCACCUGACGUCAAGGAGUGAUGUGUAUAGUUUUGGAGUAGUGCUCUUGGAGCUUCUUACAGGGAGAAGGUCUGUGGACAAGAGCCGGCCUCAGAGAGAGCAGAACUUGGUAGAGUGGGCAAGACCCAUGUUGAAUGAACCUCGGAAACUUGGGAGGAUAAUGGACCCAAGACUCGAAGGCCAGUACUCGGAAACUGGGGCUCGAAAGGCAGCUGCAUUGGCUUACCAAUGCCUGAGCCACAGGCCAAAGCAGAGACCAACCAUGAGCACAGUUGUGAAGAUCUUAGAACCUCUAAAGGAUUUUGUAGAUAUUCCCUUUGGAACCUUUGUUUACACAGUUCCAAACGAGACUGAUAAUCCUAAAGAAGAUGUUAAAGAAUGCAAUGACUCCAAGAAAGAUGUGAGCAAAGAAAAUGGCCAUCACCACCAAAAGCAUCCACUCCACCAUGGCCAUAGGCGGCACCACCACAAAUCGGCGGCAAGGUCCCCAACCAUUCACUCAGAAACUGAUCUAGGCCAGAAUCAGAGAACUGGGUCAAUGUCUCCACUGCACCCAGAAGCCAAGGGAGCAUAGAGAGUAGCCAAAAUUGAAUUAAGUGAAAAAAUCAGACUGUAAAUACACACUUUUGUCUUGUGUUAUCCUUGAAAUUUUCAUAUUGUGACAACGUAAGUUAGGCACAAGAAGUGUUAAGUGGAAGGCUUGUUUCAAAGAUUUUGACUUGUAUAUCUCAUGAUCUGGCCUGGGCAAAUUGGGCAUAUUAUUCUCUUUAAAUUUCUUUUUUUCUGAAGCAAAAGGGACUUGUUCAAAGAUUUAUGUAUUAAUAAAAACUAAGAACAGAUUUUUUAA